AUGGCCAGUCGACGCCAAAAGCAAUUUGAUAGAAAGUAUAGCUCGUAUAGAAAAUUCACGGCGACUGAAGAUGUCAACUACAGCACCCACUCAUCGCGUUCAUCGUAUCGUUCGGAAUCGGUGACAUCGCGCGGCGACGGGCGUGGAAGAUCGACGUCAUCUGAGAUUAUCGCGGGCACCGAAUCUCGAUCCUAUCCCGUCUACAUUGCAAUUCAAGACUAUCAACCGGACGCCGAUGACAUCGAAGCGAUUCCAUUGGAGCAGGGCCAAAUUGUCGAAGUGCUCGACAAGAAGAAUUCUGUUCGAUGGCUGGUGCGGACGAAGGCGCGACCGCCGCGCUCCGGCUGGGUUCCCGGCUCAUAUUUUGAGACGCCCACCGAGUUCUAUAAGCAGCGGCGACGCACGCGCGAAAUCGAGAACUCGAAUCUCACCGACGAGCAGGCGGCGAUUGUCAAGCGAGACCAAGUCUACCAUGAGCUUCUCCGUUCCGAAGAAGAGUUUGUCUCGUCGCUUCGAACAUGCGUCGAUGACUAUAUCAAGGUUCUCGAUGAUCCAGGAGUCCCCGCGGACGUCAAAGCGCACCGAGAUCAAUUGGCGCUCAACAUUCCCGAGCUCUACAAUUUUCAUGCCAAUGUCAUGCUCAAAGGCCUCAAUUAUUAUUCGGACGAUCCGGGCAAAGUCGGCCAAACGUUUGUGCGUCUUGAGAAGGACUUUGAGACGCACGUCGAGUUCUACAAAAAUUUCGCGCAAACGCUGAAUCUGAUUGACGGCAACGAGACGAUCAAGAAUUUCUUUGAGAGCCUCUCGCUGAAAAAUGACGCGGGCGCGUCGAACUAUUCGGAUCAUAUCAAAGAGAUCGCUGAUCGAAUGGUGCAAUAUCAGAAUUAUUUCAAAGAGUUUGUGAAAUACGCGGGCCGUGCGCCGGGCGCGAGCGGCUCGAAAUCGAUGCAGAAGGCGCUCGGGUUGGUGACGACGAUACCGCAACGCGUCAAAGAUCUGGAGUUCACCAACAACAUCAAAUCGUAUCCGGGCGACACGAGUCGACUCGGACGAAUUAUUCGACAUGACCUAUUCCAAGUUUGGGAGGGCGACGAGGAGCCGAAAACACGCUACUGCUUCCUAUUCCACAAUAAGAUCAUGUUCACCGAGCGCGACGAGACGACGACACCAACAACGUAUAAGCACUAUUCGUCGAUUCGGUUGGACAAGUACAAUGUUCGCCAGCACUCCGCCGACGAGGACACGAUUGUGCUUCAGCCGCAAGAGCCCGGAUUGCCGAGUUUUCGCAUCAAACCGCGCGACAUCGAGACGGCCGAGUACGCGCGAAAAGCGUGGCUGCGCGACAUUGGCGAUGAGCAAGAACGCUAUGCGGCCGAACGCGACGCCGCGACGAGCACAACGCUCGACGCGUCGAUGACGGCGUCGUCGUUCAACGUGUCCGACGCGCAAUCCGAAUUCUCCGAAUGGAGCGGCUCGCGUAAAAGCAGCCUGUUCCCUGGUCCCGACGAUGGCGGUACACCACGGAAGAAGGUGAAAUCGCCGCCGGUGAUUUCCCCGACCGGUUCGUCGGCAAGCAUCUACUCGGGCGGUAGCAGCAGCAUCGAUUGGACCACGACGGGAACGACGUUGGAAAUGCAGGGCACGCGUGUGACGCGAACCCAAUACGGUUUUCGGACACUUCAAGAAUCGUCGGCGAAAAUGUGCCUGAAAGUCACCGGCUAUCCGUUGCCGGACAUCACUUGGUACAAAGAUGACGUUCAACUUCAUGAGGAUGAGAGGCACACAUUCUAUUCGGACGAGGACGGCUUCUUUGCGAUGACGAUCGAUCCGGUGCAGGUGACCGACACGGGACGCUACACGUGUAUGGCGACGAAUGAGUACGGACAAGCGUCGACGUCGGCGUUCUUCCGCGUGUUGAAGGUCGAGAAGGAGGCGGCGCCGCCGGCGUUCGUCACGAAGCUCAAAGAUCGCGAAUGCAAAGAGGGCGACGUGAUCAAUUUCGAGUGCGAGGUUGAGGGAUGGCCGGAGCCGGAGCUCGUGUGGCUCGUCGAUGAUCAACCGUUGAGGCCUUCGCACGAUUUCCGUUUGCAGUAUGAUGGGCAGACUGCGAAAUUGGAGAUUCGCGACGCGCAGCCCGACGACACCGGCAUCUAUACCGUCAAAAUUCAGAACGAGUUCGGCUCGACCGAGAGCAAAGCCGAGCUGUUCGUUGAGCCGGAUCCCGACAAGAAUCACGUGGCGCCCGAAUUCCAGGCGAUGAUCGAAGACGUCGAAUGCGACGAGGGCGACGAGGUUCGAUUCAAGAGCGUCAUCACCGGCGAUCCAAAUCCGGAAAUCGUCUGGUUCAUCAAUGGGGUGCCGUUGAGCGAAUCGGAAAAGGUCAAGUUCAUCUCGGAGGAUGGAAUUUGCAUUUUGACGAUCAAAGACGUCACACGACAUUUCGAUGGAACCGUGACGUGUCAAGGUUCGAAUCGACUCGGAUCGGCUUCGUGCGACGGACGACUCAAAGUCCGAGUUCCGCCAGCGCCGCCAGCGUUCACAAAACCAUUGGAAGACAAGACAGUUCAAGAAAAGAAUACUGUGGUAUUUGAGGUUGACGUGACCGGAUGGCCCGAGCCAAAGGUCACGUUCACACUAGCGGGCAAACAAUUGGUGCACGGCGACGACGGUGUCGAGAUCGCCGGACACGACGGCUUCUAUCGUGUCCAGAUCGUGAACGUCUCGAUCGACAAACACGACGGCGAGAUUGUGGCGAACGCCGCGAACGAGCACGGCAUCGCCGAGAGUCGCGCGCGUCUUACCGUCGACGCCGAAGAGGAGGAGUCGCGCAGCGCGCCGACGUUCAUCAAGGACAUUGAAGAUCAGACCGUCAAACUCGGCGAGUGGGCCGUCUUCGAGACAACCGUACUCGGCAAUCCGAAUCCGGAGGUGACGUGGUACGUGAACGGCCACAAAAUGGAGGCGACGAGUAGCGGUGUGAAAAUCGACACGCACAAUCACGAUCACAAAUUGACGAUCGAUUCGGCACAAUACGCGGGCACCGUGUUGUGUCGUGCCGAGAAUGUGGUCGGACGAUUCGAGACGAAAGCGCGUCUCGUCGUGCAGGCGCCGGAGAAGGCGAAAAAACCGCCGCGUUUCAUCGAGAAGCUCGCUGACAAGACGGAAACGGUUGACAACACGAUUGCGUUCGAGGUGCGAGUCGAAGGCGAGCCGAAACCGACCGUCACAUGGUAUCUGAAUGGCGUCGAGUUGACGGCGUCGGAACGCAUCGAGAUUCGCGAAUUCGACGGAUCGAUUAAGCUCGUCAUCAAGAAUUUGACGAUUGACGACGGCGGCGAAAUCAAAGCGAUCGCGACGAACACCGAAGGCGUCGACGAGACGCGUGCGACGCUCGUCGUGCAGAAAAAGCCGUUCGCGCCCGAAUUCGACAAGAAGCCGACGACGACGCACGUCGAGCAGGGAAGCGAGGCGGUGUUCGAGGCGCACGCGUUCGGCAUUCCGCUUCCGACGUACACGUGGUCGAUCAACGGCCGAAAGGUGAUCGAGGGCCAAGAAGGCGCGCGCGUGACGACGACGUCGGCGAUUGACGGCGCUUCUAUGCUUCGCAUCGACACCGCCACCUAUUUCCACGAGACGCAACAAUUGACGAUAUCGGUGAUCGCCGAAAACUCGUGCGGAACCGACGAGGCCGGCGCGCGAUUGGAGAUUGAAGCGAAAAAGACAUCUUCCACAACGUUGGAGAGCAAUGAGUCUACAAAGAGUACCACCACCACCACCACCACCACCACCACUACCACCAUCACUACCUCCACCCAAGAGGUCACCAUUGAAGCAUCGAUUCCGUCGCAGACGGUUAUUGAGAUGAGCACGAGCUCAUCGCGAACAGAAGUGUUUGUUGGUAGAGACGGUUCGGCGACGCCGAAGAGGCGGGUGUCGUUUGCUGAGGAAGGCGUUAAGUCGGUAGUUGGUGAUGAGGAGAGGAAGGCGAGGAAGAAGAAGAGCCCAUCGCCUGGCAAGGAAUCGACGACGACGACGACAGUGGAAACUAGCAAAGAUGAAUUUGAAGUGACGUCGCCGGCAAAUGUUGUCGAGAUCACUGCCACAAUGGAUGUGACGUUGGAAAAGACGACGAUUGAUGAGAGGGUGUCUCAAGUCACAAGCAAGACUGAUACGAGCGUUGAGAAGGCAAAGGAAGCUUCUCCACCAAAAUCGCCGAAGAAGGAGAAGAGUCCUGAGAAGGUGAAGGAAGCUUCGCCGCCGAAGAAGGACGAGAAGCCAGAGUCGCCAAUCAAGAAGGAGGCGUCACCACCAAAAUCACCGAAGAAGGAGAAGAGUCCUGAGAAGGCGAAGGAAGCUUCGCCACCAAAAUCACCCAAAAAGGAGAAGUCGCCAGAAAAGAAGGAAGCUGAUGAAAAGCCAACUUCACCAACAAAGAAAGAGGCGUCUCCAACAAAGUCGCCAAAGAAGGAAGUGGAGAAGCCAGAGUCACCAACGAAGAAGGAAGCUUCGCCACCAAAAUCACCGAAGAAGGAGAAGAGUCCUGAGAAGGCGAAGGAAGCUUCGCCGCCGAAGAAGGACGAGAAGCCAGAGUCACCAAUCAAGAAGGCGUCGCCACCAAAAUCACCCAAAAUGGAGAAAUCGCCAGAAAAGAAGGAAGCUGAUGAAAAGCCAACUUCACCAACAAAGAAAGAGGCGUCUCCACCAAAGUCACCGAAGAAAGAGUCAUCUCCUGAAGCGACUGCCACUGCCACAAUGGAAGUCACUCUUGAAAAGACAACUGAGGACAAUCAAACAACAUUGACGAAGGCUUCCGCCGACGAUGAAUCGAAUGGAGUCAAGGGAACUAUCGAGGUGACCUUCGAGAAGUCGACGGUGGAAACAACUUCGACCACAGAGAUUAUGACGGAAAUUCGCGGAGAGACGCUGGAGAAGAAGGACGAGAAGCCGGCCUCGCCAAUGAAGAAGGUGACUUCACCACCAAAGUCACCAAAGAAGGAGGAGGAGAAGCCAGAAUCUCCCACCAAAAAAGAGGCUUCGCCACCAAAGUCACCAAAGAAGGAAGAGGAGAAGCCAGAAUCUCCCACCAAGAAGGAGGCGUCGCCACCAAAAUCACCCAAAAAGGAGAAGUCACCUGAAAAGAAGGAAGCUGAUGAAAAGCCGUCAUCGCCAACAAAGAAGGAGGCAUCUCCACCAAAGUCACCAAAGAAGGAGGAGGAGAAGCCAGAUUCUCCCACCAAAAAGAGGCUUCGCCACCAAAAGGCUUCGCCACCAAAGUCACCAAAGAAGGAAGAGGAGAAGCCAGAAUCUCCCACCAAGAAGGAGGCGUCGCCACCAAAAUCACCCAAAAAGGAGAAGUCACCUGAAAAGAAGGAAGCUGAUGAGAAGCCAACUUCACCAAUCAAGAAGGAGGCAUCUCCACCAAAGUCACCCAAAAAGGAGAAGUCCCCGGCAAAUGUUGUCGAGAUCACCGCCACAAUGGAUGUGACGUUGGAAAAGACGACGAUUGAUGAGAGGGUGUCUCAAGUCACAAGCAAGACUGAUACGAGCGUUGAGAAGGCAAAGGAAGCUUCUCCACCAAAAUCGCCGAAAAAGGAGAAGAGUCCUGAGAAGGCGAAGGAAGCUUCGCCACCAAAAUCACCCAAAAAGGAGAAGUCGCCUGAAAAGAAGGAAGCUGAUGAAAAGCCGUCAUCGCCAACAAAGAAGGAGGCAUCUCCACCAAAGUCACCAAAGAAGGAGGAGGAGAAGCCAAAGUCUCCCACCAAGAAAGAGGCUUCACCACCAAAAUCACCGAAGAAGGACGAUUCUGAUGAGAAGCCAACUUCACCAACCAAAAAGGAGGCGUCACCACCAAAGUCACCCAAGAAAGAGAAAUCGCCCGAGAAGCCAUUGUCACCAACAAAGAAAGAGGCUUCACCGCCGAAAUCCGCUGAGAAGCCUCCCGCGCCGCAACUCAAACGCGAUCUCAAAUCGCAGACGGUCAACAAAACCGACUUGUCGCAUUUCGAGGUUGUCGUCGAGCACGCGACCGAAUGCAAAUGGUAUCACAAUGGGAAUGAGAUCACCAAUAAGACGGGUGUCACCGUGUCGAACGACGAUCAAUUCGAAUUCCGUUGCUCGAUCGACACGACGAUUUUCGAGUCGGGCGCGAUCUCGGUGAUCGCCUCGAACGCGUCGGGAUCGAUUGAGACGAAAUGCGAGCUCAAGGUUCUCGAGGCGCCGAAAGAGACGAGAAAACCGGAGUUCACCGACAAACUUACGGAUGUUGUGGUGACGAGAGGCGAUACUGUUCAGAUGGACGUCAUCGCACUUCAUUCGCCGCAAUACAAAUGGUAUCAGAAUGGGAAUGCGCUUCGAGACGGCGAGAAUGGCGUCCGAAUUGUCAACGUUGAGAACAAAUCAUCGUUGACGAUCGAGAAUGUUCAGGAGACGUCAAAGAUCACCGUUGAAGCUUCGAACGAGGUUGGAUCGAGUGAAUCGUCGGCGACGAUGACGGUCAAUCCGCCAGCGACCAAGCCGACUGUCGAGCUGCAUGGUCCGACGACGGUCAAAGAGAAGGAGUCGGUGGAGUUCAAGGCAAUUGUCACCGGAUUCCCGGAGCCGACUGUCAAAUGGACUGUCAAUGAGAAGGUUGUGGAAUCGAGCAAAUCGGAAUCGACGUACAUGUUGAAGAUCGACGAUGUCACUUUGGACAAGUCGGGAGAGGUCAAGGUGGUUGCGCAGAACUCUGCUGGAAGCGAGACGAAGACGUUGAAUCUCAACGUUGAGGCGAAGGUCGAAGCGCCCAAGUUCAAGUCAAACCUCACUGAUCGCAUUGUGGAUGAAGGCGAGCCGUUGCGAUGGAAUUUGGAGAUCGAUGGGCCGUUCAAGGGAACCGAAGUGAGUUGGUUGCUGAACGGCAAGCCGAUCGAGAAAAGCGACACGGUGCAGAUUGUCGAUCACGGCGAUGGCAGUUAUCAUUUGACGAUUGCCGAAGCCAAGAUCGACCUCAACAAUGCGACGAUCACGGCGAAAGCGAAGAACGACGGCGGCGAAUGUGAGAGCAGCGCGAUGAUCAAGGUGAACGGCGGCAACAAGAAGCCGGAAUUCAUUCAAGCGCCGCAGAAUCAUGAGACGACAAUUGACGAGAGCGUCAAGUUCAGCGCGAUUGUUACCGGUGUGCCGAUGCCGAAUGUUGCGUGGUUCCUGAACGGCAAGAAGUUGAUUCAGAGCGACGAGGUCAAAGUGAAGUAUGUGCACGAGACGGGCAAAACGUCGAUCAGAAUUCAUAAGCCGCAAAUCGAGCACACUGGAACUGUUCGAGUUGAAGCGGUCAACGUUGCCGGCAAGAUUGAAGCGACCGCUCAGCUGAAGGUCGACAAGAAGACCGAGGUGCCGAAGUUCACGACGAACAUGGACGAUCGACAAGUCAAUGAAGGGGACAAUGUCAAGUACACGGCGAACGUUGACGGCUAUCCGGAGCCGACGCUAGCGUGGACGCUUAAUGGUGAGCCGGUCUCGAAGCAUGCCAACAUCACUGUGACCGACAUGGAUGGCGAGCAUACGAUUGAGAUUAAGGCGAUCACACCGGAGCAAGCCGGAGAGUUGAGUUGCGAGGCGACGAACGCUGUUGGAAGCAAGAAGCGCGACAUUCAAUUGGCGGUGAAGAAGGUUGGCGAGGCGCCGACGUUCGCGAGAAAUCUAGAAGACCGUCUCGUCACCGAAGGCGAGUUGACGUUGAUGGAGGCGAAGUUGAACGAUGUGAAGCCGAAGCCGAAAAUCACGUGGCUUUUGGAUGGCGUCGAGAUGAAGCAGGAGCACGUGAAGUUCGUUGACGACGGACUCACACAACAAUUGAGAAUUGUGCAAACGAAAUUGGAGGACAAGGGACGAAUCACGAUACGCGCGGAGAACGAGUUCGGCACCGCCGAGACGUCGGCAUCGUUGGGCGUCGUCAAAGGAAGACCGAUGGCGAAGCCGGCGUUCCAAAGCGGCAUCGCGCCGAUCAGCGUCAAAGAAGGCGACACGCUUGAAUGCAAACUACUCAUCACUGGCGAUCCGACGCCGUUCGUCAAAUGGAGCAUCAACGGACAAUUGGUGUGCGCCACCGAGGACACCGAGAUCACCAACUCGAAUGGUGUGUACACAUUGAAGAUCCAUGGAUGCACCACCGAUAUGACCGGCAAGAUCAAGUGUGUUGCCUACAACAAAGCCGGUGAGGUGUCCACCGAGGGACCAUUGACCGUGUUCGCGCCGGUGCCGGUCGAGUUCGAGACGAGCCUCUGCGACGCGACGUGCCGCGAGGGCGACACCCUCAAAUUAAAGGCGGUCCUUCUCGGCGAGCCGACGCCAGACGUCUCGUGGUACGUGAAUGGAAAGAAGUUGGAAGAAUCGCAGAACAUCAAAAUCCACGCGGAGAAGGGCACGUACACGGUGACGAUCAAGGACAUCACUUGCGACUACAGCGGACAAGUCGUAUGUGAGGCGGUCAACGAAUAUGGACGCGCCACUUCCGAGGCGACGCUGCUCGUGUUGCCGAGAGGCGAGCCGCCAGAUUUCUUGGAAUGGCUCAGCAAUGUGCGAGCGCGAAAAGAGAGCAAAGUGGUGCACAAGGUUGUGUUCACUGGCGAUCCGAAGCCGAAGCUCACCUGGUACAUCAACAAUCAGGAGAUCAACAACAAUGACGAGUACACGAUCGUCACUGAUGAUAAGACGUCGACGUUGACGAUCAAGAGCUUCAAUCCGGACAAACACGUCGGUGAGAUCAUUUGCAAAGCGGAGAACGACGCCGGCGAGGUGUCGUGCACGGCGAAUAUGCUCACCUACACGUCGGACAUGUUCAGCGAGUCGGACAGCGACGCGCAUGCCGAAGAGUUGGCCGGCGAUGAUUUGACGGAAGACGAGGAUCUGCGCGAGUUCCGCACACCGACGCCGGUGAUGGCGCCGAAAUUCAUUCAUAAGAUCAAAGACACGAAAGCGAAACGCGGGCAUUCGGCGGUGUUCGAGUGCGUCGUGCCCGACACGAAAGGCGUGUGCUGCAAAUGGUUGAAGGACGGCAAAGAGAUCGAGUUGAUCGCGCGAAUUCGUGUGGCCACCCGAACGGGACCCGAAGGACACAUCACCGAAGAAUUGAUCAUUGACGACAUCAGUCCGGAAGACGCUGGAAAGUACACGUGCAUUGUUGAGAACACCGCCGGACGCGACGUGUGCGAAGCGACGCUGACGGUUGUCGAGAGCAUUGAGAAGACGACGAUGCGUCAGCCGGAAUUCGUGAUGGCCCUUCAAGACAAGACCGUCAAGACGUCGGAGAAGAUUGUGCUCGAGUGCAAAGCAGUUGGAGAGCCGAAGCCCAACAUCACGUGGUAUCAUGAGAAUAAGGUUGUCAGCAGCACCCUCGUCGAGACUGUCGAAGGUGUUGAACGGAUUACGAUCACCAGCGCCGAGACGAGCCAUCAAGGCAAGUACACGUGCGUCGCCGAGAAUUCCGAAGGAACAUCGAAGACGGAGGCGAUUGUCACUGUGAAAGGUGAAGCACCGGUGUUCACCAAAGAGCUUAUGAGCAAGGAGCUCAAGAUUGGCGAGAAGCUCGUCAUGUCGUGUUCGGUGAGAAACGCGCAACACGUUGACUUUUAUCGAUUCACCGAGACGAGUGAGACGAAGAUGACGUCGACGAGUCGCGUGUCGAUUGAGCACGAUCAGACGAACAUGCAUUGGCGAAUGGUGAUCGGCGAGAUUGCGCGCGAUGAGUUUGCGAGCUAUAAGGCGAUCGCGACGAACGCGUUCGGCACCGCGACGAGCACGUCGAAAGUCACACUGAAAAUGGAAGCGCCCGUAUUCGAGCAGGGAUUGAAGAAGACGAGUGUGAAAGAGAAGGAGGAGAUCAGAAUGGAAGUCAAGGUGGGAGGCGCCGAGCCGAACGUCGAGUUCUUCAAAGAAGGCAAACCUGUCGUGGAGGACGGCAAUCAUGAGAUCAAGAAGAAUCCCGAGAAUGGUGUGUUCACUUUGAUCGUCAAAAAGGCCAGCCAAGCCGACGCUGGAAAAUACAGCGCCAAGGCGACGAAUCCCGCGGGAAGCGCCGAAUCGCAAGGUGAAGUCGAAGUCAAGAUCGAGUUUGAGAAGCCGACGUUCGUUCGCGAGCUCAUUAAUACCGAGGUCAAGAUCAAUGAAUCGGCAACACUCAGCGUGACUGUUAAAGGAGUGCCGGAGCCGAAGGUGGAGUUCUUCAAGGAUGGUUUACUCAUUGAGAAUCAAUUCCACGUCGUCCGUCAAGAGCAGACCUAUUCGAUUCGGAUCGACAACGCGAAACCCGAAGACGCCGGAAUUUUCUCGGCGAAAGCGACGAACAGCGUCGGCGAGGCGACGACUUCGGCCAAUUUUGCCAUCGUCAAGACGAGCACACCGCCGGAGUUCACCGAGAAGCUUCAGCCAAUGGAAGUCAAAGAAUUGGAGAAUGUGCAACUCAAGGUCACCGUUGUUGGAUCGCCCGAGCCGAAGGUUGUGUGGUUCAAAGACAAUCAGCCGGUCAGCAUCGACAACACCCACGUCAUUGCCAAAGACGAAGGAUCGGGACAUUACACUUUGGUUAUCAAUCAGGCGCGAUCCGACGAUGUCGGCGUCUACACGUGCAAGGCGACGAACGAAGCCGGACACGCGGAGACCACUGCCAACUUUGCUAUUGUGAAGACAAGUGUGCCACCCGAGUUCACUGAGAAGCUUCGGCCACUCGAAGUCAAUGAGCUCGAGACACUUCAAUUGAAGGUGACUGUUGUUGGAACGCCAACGCCGAAAGUGGAAUGGUUCAAGGACAACGCGCCAGUCAACAUUGAUAACACUCACAUCAUCGCGAAGGAUGAGGGAUCCGGACAUCACACAUUGAUUAUCAAUCAAGCCAGAGGUGAGGAUGUCGGUGUCUACACAUGCAAAGCCACGAACGAAGCCGGCGAGGCGAAGACGACAGCCAACAUGGCGGUUCAGGAGGAGAUCGAGGCGCCGUUGUUCACGCAAGGCUUGAAGCCGCUUGAAGUCGAACAAGGCAAGCCGGCCGAGCUUGAGGUGAAGGUUGAAGGAAAGCCCGAGCCGGAGGUCACUUGGUUCAAGGAUGGCCAACCGGUACAGAUUGACAAUCAGCACGUGAUUGAGAAGAAGGGCGAGAACGGAUCGCACACGUUGAUCAUCAAGGACACCGCGGCGACCGAUUUUGGCAAAUAUUCGUGCAAGGCUGUCAACAAGGCAGGCAAAGAUGAGACGAUUGGAGAGAUCAAGAUUCCGAAGUACUCGUUCGAGAAGCAGAACGCCGAAGAGGUUCAGCCGUUGUUCAUCGAGCCGCUCAAAGAGACGUUCGCCGAAGAAGGCUCGACGGUGGUUCUCGAAUGCAAAGUCAACAAGGAGUCGCAUCCCGACGUGAAGUUCUUCAAAGACGGUCAAGCGGUGACACUUGGCGAUCAUAUGCAGAUGGCGGUCAGCGAGGAGGGCGUCAUCCGAUUGACAAUCCAGAACGCGAAGAAGGAGGACGUUGGUAGCUACAAGUGCGAGGCGACGAAUCGCUUCGGCAAGGAUGACACGAGCGCGUCGCUGAAAUACGCGAGCAGUGUUCAAGAGCAUGUCGUUGAUGAGAGUUCCACACUUCAAGAGAUUGUCACCACCAGCACCGUCUUGGAAUCGGCAAGCGUCGAUGACGGCAACUCGGCUCCGGAGUUCGUCGAGCUUCUCCGCAGCUGCACCGUCACCGAAAACCAGCAGGCGGUACUCCGAUGCAAAGUCAAAGGUUUGCCGACGCCGAAGAUCCAAUGGACGAGGGCCGGAAAAGAGGUGGAGAUGUCGACGCGAAUUCGCGCCGAUCAUCACGAUGAUGGCACGCUGACAUUGACGAUCGACAAUGUCGGCCAGGCGGACUCGGGCGAAUAUCAAUGUCACGCCGAGAAUGCGAACGGAGCGGCGUGGACCGAAGCGCCGAUCAUUGUGACGAUUGAAGGAGCGCCGAAGAUCGACGGCGAGGCUCCCGAUUUCUUGCAGCCGGUCAAACCGGCGAAUGUGAUGGUUGGCGAGAAGGCGAUUCUCGAGGGAAAGAUCAGCGGCAAGCCGAAGCCGACGGUGAAAUGGUACAAGAACGGCGAGGAGAUCAAGGCGUCCGAUCGGAUCGUCAUCGAGAACUUGGAUGAUGGCACGCAACGACUAACUGUGAAAUCGACGGAACUUUCCGACAUGGAUGAAUAUCGAUGCAUGGCUUCCAAUGAAUAUGGAGACGUUUGGUCGGAUGUCACGCUGACCGUCAAAGAGCAAACCGCUCCAUCGUUCUUCAAGGACCUUCAAGCGGUGCAAGUCAAGGAAACCGAGACGGCUCGAUUUGAAUGCAAGAUCGGCGGAACGAAGCCGGAGGUGAAGUGGUUCAAAGAUGGAGCUCCGAUUCAAACCGAUUCGAGAAUUCGCGUGGAAUCAGAAACUGACGGAACUGAGAGACUCAUCAUUGAGAAGUCGAGAACGGACGACCAAGGCAAUUAUCGCGUUGAGAUCACGAACGACGCUGGUACGGCGAACAGCAAAGCGCCGCUCACCGUGACACCGGCGGAGACGCUCAAGAUCAAGAAGGGACUUGAGGACACGACGACGACCGAAGGAACCAAGAUCAUUCUCAUUGUCGAGGUUGAAGGAAAACCGAAGACCGUCAAAUGGUACAAGGGAAGUGAAAGUGUGUCGAGUCGCACGAAGCAGAUCAAAAUCACCGAAUCGCAGUAUCAGUUGGAGAUUGAGAGCAGCGAGGUGGCCGACACCGGCUCCUACAAGGUCGUGCUGUCGACCGACUCGCUCUCGGUUGAAUCCAGCGCAACGAUCACUGUCGUCAAAUCAGCCGACAAGUUGCCGGUGUUCAAGAAGGGACUUUGCGAUCAAGAUGUUGCGAAAGGCGCCCAACUUGUUCUUGAAGUUGAAAUCGACGGCAAGCCGAAGAACGUGAAGUGGUACAAGAACGGCAAAGAAGUGGCCGGCGAGGAUGUUGGCGAUGGCAAAUAUCGACUCGCGAUUCCGGCGUUCGAUGAGCCUGGAGAGUACAGUGUGACGGCUUCGAAUGACGCCGGCGAGAUUGAAUCGAAGGCCAAGAUCAACAUGAAGGAGAAGCCCGAGAUUGUGUCGGGACUCGUUCCGACGACCGUCGCCCAAGGAGACACGGCGACGUUCUCGGUGAAAGUCAAGGGACCUGUCAAGCAAGUCAAAUGGUACAAGAAUGGAAAGGAGAUUCCCGACGCGAAGACGAAAGACAAAGGUGAUGGAACAUAUGAGCUCGAGGUGCCGAAUGCUCAGGAAGAUGGCGACUACAAGGUCGUCGUUUCCAAUGAUGCUGGAGAUGCUGACUCGAGUGCUGCGUUGACUGUCAAGCUUCCAAGCGCCAAGCCAGAAAUUGUUCAGGGCCUAAUCCCGACGACUGUCGCUCAAGGAGACACGGCGACAUUCUCUGUCAAAGUCAAAGGACCUGUCAAGCAAGUCAAAUGGUACAAGAAUGGAAAGGAGAUUCCCGACGCGAAGACAAAGGACAAAGGUGAUGGAACCUACGAACUUGAUGUUCCGAAUGCUCAAGAAGGCGCUGAUUACAAGGUUGUUGUUUCGAACGAUGCUGGAGACGCUGACUCGAGUGCUGCGUUGACUGUCAAACUGCCUGGAAUCAAGAUUGUCAAGGGACUUGAAGAUGUCACAGUUCCGAAGGGGCAGAAGGUUGUGUUGGAGGUCGAAGCGAACAAGAAGCCAAAGGAGAUCAAAUGGUACAAGAAUGGAAAGGAGAUCAAAUCCGAAGCGCCGACGAAUGAGAAGCCGCAGCUUGUCAUCCCGUCGGCCGAUGAGGACGCCGAAUUCAAGGCAGUGCUCUAUGAUGAUGAUGGAAACGCCGCUGACACGUUCUGCGCGUUGACCGUCAAACUUCCAUCGGAAAAGCCAAAGAUCGUGAAGGGGCUCGAAGAUCAAAUCCUUCCGGUUGGUGCGCCGGUCAAGAUGGAAAUCGAGACGACCGGAUCGCCAAAGGCGGUGAAAUGGUACAAGAAUGGAAGAGAAGCCAAUGGUGAGAAGAUUGAUGACAACAAGUUUGUGUUGACGAUUCCCGAAGGAGCAGUUGACGACACCGGCGACUACAAGGUGGUUGCUUCGAACGACGCCGGCGAAGCUGAAUCGUCGGGACGACUCACCGUCGAGCCGAAACUCACGUUCGUCAAGCCGCUCAAAGAUCUCGAGGUCAAUGAGGGCGACGCGGCCGAGUUUGUCGUUGAGACGAACGCUCAGCCGAGAGAAGUCAAGUGGUACAAGAAUGGACAACUCGUCAAGGAUCAUCCGACAUCGCAGGAUGGCAACAAGUUCAGUUUGACGAUCAAAAAGGCUACCAAACAAGAUGCGGCGUCGUACAAGGUCGUGCUCAGCAACAGCGCCGGAAGCGUUGAGAGCGAGGCGAAGCUUGCCGUCAAAUCAGGACUCUGCAAGAUCAUCAAAGGAUUGGAAGACCAAGUUGUUGCCAAAGGCACAACGAUGGUGUUCGAAGUCAAGAUCGAAGGCGAGCCGGAUGAGGUGAGAUGGCUGCUCAACGGAAAUCCGGUGAGCGUCGGAGCUGAGAAGGUUGAUGCGCAGACGUAUCGUUUGACGAUUCCGAAUGCGGAUCUCAAGGAUGCCGGCGAGUACACUGUUGAAGCUGUUAACAAGAGCGGAAAGGCGAAGAGCGACGCGAAUGGUGAGGUUGACGAGAAGCCGGAGAUUGUCAAAGGACUAGGGGAUCUCGAACUCGACGAAGGCGACGAUGAUGUGUUCAAGGUUGAGGUGUCGGCUCCGGUCAGAACUGUCAAAUGGUACAAGAACGGCCAGGAAAUCAAGGACAACCGAUUCCAGCCGAAGAAGAUUGGACCUAAGAAGUACGAGCUUCUCAUCAACAAGGCUACUCUCGACGACACCGCCACUUACAAGGUCGUCUUGGGCAACGCCGCUGGUGAAUGCGAUUCGUCGGCUAGUUUGACUGUCAAGAAGCCCGAUUUGCUCAAGAUCCUUGAUGGACUCAAAGGUGUCGAUGUCGAGGAGAAUCAGCCAGUCGAGCUGAGCGUCAAGGUCGAAGGAACACCGAAGACGGUGAAGUGGUACAAGAACGGACAGGAGAUUGCGAAUCCACAGACGACUGAGAAGGAUGGCGUCUAUAGCUUGUUGAUUCCGACGAGCAAGAAGUCUGACGGCGGCGCGUAUCGAGUGGUUCUAUCGAACGACAAGAGCGAAGUCUACAGCGACGCUGUUGUACACGUGAAGGCGGCCAAGGUGAGCGCAACGUCUCCGGCAUCGUUCAUCUCGCCACUUCGAGACACCGAGGUCGAGGAGGGCGACAUGCUCACCCUUCAAUGCACGAUUGCUGGAGAGCCAUUCCCCGACGUCGUCUGGGAGAAGGAUGGUGUUGCGUUGGUCAAGGAUGAUCGCGUCACAAUGCGAGUGGCGCUUGAUGGAACCGCCACACUGCGAAUCCGAGCGGCCAAGAAGUCCGACAUUGGACAAUACCGAGUGACUGCCAAGAACGAGGCGGGAACCGUCAGCAGCGAGUGCAAGGUGACUGUCAAAGAGCAAGGCGAACAACCAUCGAAGCCGAAGUUUGUGAUCCCGUUGAGGACUUGCGCCGCUCUGCCCGGCGAGAAGAAGGAGUUCAACGUGAAGGUUCGUGGAUUCCCGAAGCCGACACUCAAAUGGAUUCUGAACGGCGAGCCGAUCAAGUUUGACGAGCGGAUUGUUGUCGAAGACAUGUCCGAUGGCAAUUAUUGUUUGACGAUCAAAGAUGUCCGCGAGGAUGACUUUGGAACGAUCAAGUGUAUCGCGACGAACGAGAAUGGAAGCGAUGAGAGUGUCGCCGAGUUCGAGAAAUCGUUGACGCAUCCCGAAGGCCACAAGGACGAUCUGCGCUAUCCGCCGCGAUUCAAUGUUCCGCUAUGGGAUCGUCGAAUUCCGGUGAACGAUCCGAUGAUGAUCGAAUGUCAUGUUGACGCGAAUCCGACGGCGACGAUUGAAUGGUUCAAAGAUGGUGUCAAGAUCGAGCACUCGAGCCAUAUUGAGAUUCGAAACACCGUCGAUGGCGCAUGCCGACUCAAAAUCGUGCCGUUCGAGGAGAUCGACACUGGCGAUUACAAGUGUGUGGCUGUCAAUGAGCUCGGACAAGCCGAAACGCAAGCGCACUAUUCGGUUGAGGUUGUCGAAUAUCAUGAGGAGGAGAAGAAGAAGGAGUACGCGCCGAAAAUCAAUCCGCCACUCGAGGAUCGCACCGUCAAUGCUGGACAGCCGAUUCGAUUGUCGUGCAAGGUCGACGCCGUGCCGAGAGCUUCUGUUGUUUGGUACAAAGACGGUCUUCCGAUGAAGACUGACGAUCGUAUGGAGUACGCUGAGGAUGGAACAGCAACCCUCACGAUUCCAUCGGCUGAAGAGGGAGACAUUGGCGCUUAUCGAUGUGUUGCUACGAAUGCGCAUGGAACCAUCAAUACGAGCUGCAGUGUGAACGUGAAGAUUCCGAAGCAGGAGAUUAAAAAGGUUGGCGAGGAGCCGUUCUUCACCAAAGGCCUCGUCGACAUUUGGACGGAUCGCGGCGAUUCGUUCACGCUGAAGUGCGCGGUGACCGGCGAUCCGUUCCCGGAGAUCAAAUGGUAUCGCAAUGGGCAACUCGUCCGAAACGGACCGCGAACGACACUCGAGACGCUUCCCGACGGCACGUGCACGCUCGUCGUCAACGAAUCAACGAUGAGCGACGAGGGCAUCUACCGUUGCGAGGCGGAGAAUGCGCACGGCAAAGCGAAGACGCAAGCGACGGCGCACGUUCAGAUGGCGCUCGGCAAGACGGAGAAGGCGAAGAUCGAGGAGGGCAAGCCGCCAAAGUUCAUCAUCGAACUGUCCGACAUGACCGUCUCCGUCGGUGGCGUCAUCGAUUUGGAAUGCAAGGUCACCGGCCUCCCAAUGCCGACCGUCAAAUGGUCCAAAGACGGUGGUCCGCUGAUUGAGGAUUCGCGAUUCGAGUGGACUUCCAACAAGAGUUCGGGAUCCUACCAGCUUCGCAUCGCCAAUGCGACCGUCAACGAUGAAGGAACCUAUCGGUGUGUGGCGACGAACGAGAACGGCUCGGCGACGACGAAGAGCUUCGUCCGAAUCGACGACGGUUUGGGUGUUGGCGCGAUUGCGAGAAGCCAGCCGCCGAGAUUCACACUUCGAAUGGGAGACGUGCGAGCCACCGAAGGACAACCAUUGAAGCUCGAGUGCAAAGUUGACGCGAGCCCACUACCGGAAAUGGUGUGGUACAAGGAUGGCGCUGUGAUUCAGCCAUCGGAUCGCGUGCUGAUCAGCUUGUCGCCGGACGGCGUCGCGACGGUCUUCAUUCCGUCGUGUGUGCCCGACGACGAGGGCAUCUAUCGUGUCAUCGCGACGAAUCCAAGCGGAAGCGCCCAAGAGAAGGGCAACGCGAUCGUCAAAAAGUUGGCCAGAGAUUCGCCGCGACGAUCGGCGGAUCGCGAUGUGUUCGAUUCGAACAAAGCGCCGAAGCUCGUCGAGCCGCUCGAGAACGUGCGAAUUCCCGAGAAGCAAGGGUUCAAGUUGCGAUGCAAAUUCAGCGGCGAGCCGAAGCCCAACAUCAAAUGGUUCAAAGACGGCGAUCGUGUGUUCCCCUACGGACGACUUCAGCUCAAUGAGCAGGAUGGUGUCUGCGAGUUGAUUGUCGACUCGUCGACGAGACAAGACGCCGGCGGAUAUCGAUGCGUCGCUGAGAACACCUACGGCACAGCGAGAACGUCGUGCGAUGUGAAUGUGAUUCGUGGCGAUCGCAAACCGCGCGACAUUGACACGUCGAUGCGCGACGGCCAAGCGCCGGGAUUCACGGUGCCGUUGACAAUCAGACGCGCCAAGGCCGGCGAGACGGUGACGUUCGAGUGUGUGCCGUUCGGCAAUCCGUUCCCGUCGAUCAAAUGGCUCAAAGACGGCCUUGAGUUGUUCGCCGAUGAUCGAACGCGAAUUGAGAGUGCUUCGGACGGAACGCAACGAUUGAUUCUCACCGACGUCACAUUCCUCACCGAAGGCUAUUAUCGAUGUGUGGCGACGAACGCGCACGGAACCGCGUCGACGAAAGCCGAGCUUGUCAUUGAAGGUAGAGUUGAUUUAAAUCAUUUAUGA